UACACUUGAUGACGACAAAGUGAAAUAUUGUUCAGUUGACGACGCGUAUAUCUAUAAACUUUUCGCUGUGGUAGUUACUGGAUAUCAAAUGCCUGACGCCUCCCCACUAGCGCCACAAUCCCCUGCCCCGCCUCACGUCAGCGCGUUCACGGCAACGCCACAACAUCCAUGCAGGUCACAGUUGCCUGUGGCUGAACCGUUUUAUGUCCUCUACGUCUCUCUCUCCCCGCUGAAACUGUGUCGACGAGUUCACUCAACAAGUUCACCGCCAUCCAGCAUACAAUUGCUACGUCGCUAUUGCUUCUACAUACGAUAUUUUGAGUUUUGGAGUACGCUGGAUUGGUAUAUGGCUUGCGGCGCGACAGAUUGCUCUGGAAACGACGAGCGCUAACGGGAAGGCUGGGACGGGGCUAUCGCCACCUCAGGGUCCAGGGCGCUGCUGCGAGGGUGCCGGUUGUGGAGAGGGAUUGAGAGCGACGCGGAGGACCUGAGGUGGUUCUGAAGCUCGGAUCUGGCUCAAUCGACGACACGGCGGCGACAUGGUGAGUCGCAAGCAGGAGCCUGAUGAGGGCGUGCCGACGGGUGGGGGCGGAAAUACCGCUGGGGCGCCACAGACACAACGCACUCAGGGAGGUGGCGAGGGAGCCGGGAGUGAGAGGAGGGAGCAAGGGGGAGGCCCAGCAUGGAAUGAGAUACCGGAAUCGCUACGAUCUGGGCCGCGGGGAGGGGCAGAGUCAAUGAACCCGUUUGCGAGAGCUCAGAAUACUGGGAAUCCGCCGGCUUCGGGGUCGGCGGCGGAGGUAAAUCCGUGGGUUGGCGAGGAGGAGAAGGGUGGGCCUGGUUCCAGCGUGCCAGACGCCAAUGCUCCAGGACCCAGGGCGCCGGAUGCCAGUGCGCCAGGUGCCAGUGGUCCUUCGCCACCCAGCCAACAUCAAGAUUCCAAUGUGACUGAUCAAUUCCAGAACCUCAACAUUGCGGACCAGAGUACAAAUUCUUGGGAAGGCCCGGUUGAACAAAAGUCGACUGCGGAAGAAAAACCACAGCCAAAUGCGCAACCUGUACCACCGUCGUUUGGCAAGGAAUAUUCUGGCAAUGAUGCCUGGUCGUCGGUGCCACCGCCGACAAGGGCACCUCCACCUGUCAAUGUGGACGAUACAAACGAGUCCUCGAACUGGGAUGAUGACCAGAUGGAUUUGUUCCGCACUCCAGCUGGAAACCGAGUGGUGACGGAGGAAGCAGAAAGUGCGUCGGAGGAAGCUCCAGGAGAAUCAUCUAGGCAGGACGCUGGACCUGCCCCUGUUGUGCCACAAAAAGAGCCGAUGCGCGAGGAUGGCGGGUCCGAGCCUACAGGCGCGGGGGAGCAGCAGAGCGGCGUUAUUGAUGCUGCAGGACAUGAGGCCUCAUCACAGAGACCCAUUCCUCCUCGGCCACCGAACCUGCCACCGCGAAAUAUUGGAGAUUCCGAAGAGGCAACAACAAGCCACGAUGAAAACAGUGGAGGCGAAGCGAAUGCACCCCCACCGCGCCAAGACGUCAGGAAUAGUGAGGAAAAGAGCAAGGAGACAUACGCGAUCAGGAAUAUCACCUGGUUCGAUGUAAGAGCGAGGGAGAACCCGCGGAUCACACCGGUACUAAUGCAGAAUGCGAAUGGACCGUGCCCACUGUUAGCUCUCGUGAAUGCACUUACGAUAUCUACGCCCCAAAAUCUGGCUACACCGUUGAUUGAGACGCUCCGGACGCGGGAGCAGAUCAGCCUCGAGCUGCUGCUCACUGCUGUUCUUGACGACCUUAUGUCAGAACAACGUGAGGAUGGGACAGAAGAGCUUCCGGAUAUAACAGAUCUUUAUACGUUCCUCAUCACCCUCCAUACCGGGAUGAACGUUAACCCAAGUUUUUUCGCACCAGCCGCUACAAACUUGGCGAACGACCCAAGACGCUCAAUGUCCCACAUACAUCCCUCGGAGCGCGAAGAUAUGAUCCCGGGAACCUUUGAGCAGACGCGCGAGAUAAUGCUAUACGGCACUUUCCUGAUCCCGCUCAUCCACGGCUGGCUCCCCGAGCCCGGAUCUGAUGCUCAGGCAGCUCUCGCGCGCUCGGCGCGCACCUAUGAGGACGCACAACACCUCAUGUUUCGCGAGGAAGAUCUGGAGAUGAAGUUCAUCGGCGAAGGCCUUACGUUGGAGGAGCAAACGACGCUCGACGACAUUAUGACUAUAAAGACCUUCUUAUCCUCCUCUGGUACACAGCUCACAAACUCUGGACUAGAGACUAUUCGCAAAGCGCUAGCACCUGGAUCUGUUGCUAUCCUAUUUCGAAAUGACCACUUUAGCACGCUUUAUAAGAACCCCCAGAACGAUGAGCUAAUGCACCUCGUUACGGACAUGGGGUUAGCUGGCCAUGAUGAGAUUGUGUGGGAGUCGCUGCCUGACAUCAAUGGGCAGCAUUGCGCGUUUUACUCUGGAGAUUUCAGACCCGUUGGCGGUGACACACAGUCGCGACAGGCAGCAAGCGAUGGGGAUAGCCGCCUGGGGGGCUCAGAAGCUUCGACCGAUACCAAUGCGGCUCCAUCUGGUAGACAUCGGCGUGUGGCAUCCUCCUCAGCCGAACAAGAGGACCACGACCUCGCACUAGCGAUCCAACUGCAAGAAGAAGAAAACGAGCGCCAUGAAGAAGAGAUAGCCCGACGGAGACGCGAGAGCGGGAACACCCAGAAACAGCAGGGUAAAUCAUCCCGCGCCCGCAACACUAGCAGCAACGACAUUCGCUUAUCACGUUCUGAUGGCGCUGGCAGCAGCGGGCCGCGCGGCGGAAACGCUGGCGGCUCAUCACAAUCCCAAGCAGCCCCAGCCGAAUUUCCGCUCGAAUCUCCGCCCCUGCAGACGUCCAACCUGCCCUCAUCGCCAGACGAAACCUUGCCGAGCUAUGAGCACGCGGCGACGCAGCCGGCGUUUGAUCCGCCUCCGCACCAUCCCGCGCACCCCAAUGUGAGUCCGGAGGUUGGACGGAGGCUACGAGGCCUGUCGGCGACUGCGAGACAGGCGGAGAGAAUUAGGCUGGCGCAGGCUCGGCCACAGCCACGGGUUCAACCUCUCGGGGGGGGGGGAAUCGAAGGCAGAAUCAGGAGGGGCGGGGGAGAGGAAAGGACAGGGAUUGUGUUGUUAUGUGAGGGAGGGUAGUUGACGCGGUUGAAAUGAUAGCAGGGAAGGUGGUGAACAAAGUAGUGACGAGGAUAUGAAAAUGGGAAACGCAGCGUUAAGCUUCUGAGAGGCAUGGUUAUUGGGGCUUUUGUUGUUUUGGCGAGCAAGCGGUAAUAAAGGACGCUUCUUUCGUUUGGCAGGGUGAUUGAAUAUGCAUUAUGGAGGAUAGAUUAAGUAGGAGUAUAAAUUAAUUCUUCCUCGGCUCGAACAAAAAUGCUGAAACUAUUUCGAU